CGGCGGCGGCGCGGCCGGCAGGUGCGGGGUCGAACGCAGCGUGGGUCAGGGUCCGCGUCCCCCGACACCGGGCAGGAGGCCGUGGGGCCGUGAGGCCGGGCCUGGGCCUGGCGGGGUCGGAGCGGCGCGUCUGCCGGACCCUCGGCGCCUCGCCCACGCCCGGCGCAGCCCGCGGACCCCCGCCCGGCGGCGCGGUGGCGAAGGCACCGACCCAGGGCCGGUCCAGCCGGCCGCGCGGAGUAGGCGUGUGGGGAGGACACGCGACACUCCUCGGGAGGCGCCCGCCGCCGUCUAGGCCGGAGGGGAGGGGGUUGGGCCGCGGCCGCCCCCGGGGACACACCCAUUCCGGAGGGGCUGUCACCGCCAGGGCCUCUGAGGGCGGCGGAGGCCGGAGAAGUCCCCUGGAGGGAUGGAAGGGGGCUUGGCCUGGCGCCCCCGCUAGCUUGAUUAGUGACUUUGGGUCCUUGUCUGGGUCCCCCUUCGUCUGCAAAUGGAGGCUCCAGUGGGCUGCUUCGCUGUCUUCUGCUGCCGGAAGGAGCCUGACCCCACUGACUGUCCAGAGCAGAACCCCUGGCAGUGAAUGGACACUCCAGUCUAAACUUUCACCACUUCCCUGCCCCCUGCCCCACUGAGCUGGGCAUGCUUAGACCUCCCCAAGAUUCCCUCCCUGCCGCCGAGUUCGUGGGUAUUGAGAGCUGGGCUGAGCUGAGGCUUGUGUCCAGAGAAGAUGGCAGCCCUUCACACGACUCCAGACUCCCCAGCCAGCCAACUGGAGAGGGCAGAGGAUGGGCUGGAAUGUGAUCCUGAUCCGGAAGAUGAGGAGGAGGAGAAGGGUGAAGAGGCAGAGAUAGAGGAAGAAGAGGAGGAGGAGAUAGUAGUGGAAGAGGAAGACGAGGAAGAGCCGGAGGAGGAGGAGGCAGGGCAUGUGGAGCAGGUGGAGGUGGAGUUGGAGGAGGACGAGACUGUGGAGGAAGUGGUGGCUGAGGAGCAGAGUCUGGAAUUGGGGACCCAGGAGUGCCUUAGCCGUGGUGGUGAUGCCAAGGCCUCAGUUCUCCAGGACAAGGCCAUGCAGGCCCCUCAGGUUCCAGCCGUACUUAGGGAUGAGGACCUGGAGGAGGAGGAGGAGGAGGAACAGGAGGAGGAGGAAGACGACGAGGAAGAUGAUGCCGAUUCCCUGACAGCUGGGUCUCAGGGACUGGUGACCUUUGAAGAUGUGGCUGUGUACUUCUCUCUGGAGGAGUGGGAAAGGCUAGACACAAACCAGCGGGACCUUUACAAGGAGGUCAUGCAGGAGAACUAUGGGAUCCUGGUGUCCUUGGGAUACCCCAUCCCCAAGCCAGAUCUGAUCUUCCGACUCGAGAGAGGAGAGGAACCUUGGGUCCCAGAUAGCCCCCGUCCUGAGGAGGGAGACAUUGUCACUGGUGUCUACACAGGGGCCUGGUUCUGGACUGACGACAUAGAGGACCACGAGGAGGACGAUGAUGAGGACUUCCUGGCGGAGGUGGCUGAGGAGGAGAACGAGCCCCCUGGGCUGUGGUCAGCGGCCUAUGGUGUGGGGGAUGUGCCUGGGACUUGGGGCCCGGAUGACUCGGAUUCAGCGCAGACUCCAGAGGGGUGGGAGCCUGACCCCGGCAGCCUCGGAGUCCUUGCCGAGGGCUCCGAGGUGAAGCCCUUCCUGACAGGCCGGGAACCUGGUGCGAACCUGCUCGUGCCCUGGGCGUUCCCAACUGCGGUGGAAGCUCCAGCCGGGCGACCCGAGACCACGUGCGAUGUAUGCGGCAAAGUGUUCCCACACCGGUCCCGGCUGGCCAAGCACCAGCGCUACCACGCGGCUGUCAAACCGUUCGGCUGCGAUGAGUGUGGUAAGGGUUUUGUGUAUCGCUCGCAUCUGGCCAUCCACCAGCGCACGCACACAGGCGAGAAGCCCUUCCCGUGUCCGGACUGUGGCAAGCGCUUCGUCUACAAGUCGCACCUGGUCACGCAUCGGCGCAUACACACGGGCGAGCGGCCCUACCGCUGCGCCUUUUGUGGCGCGGGCUUCGGGCGCCGCUCCUACCUGGUCACGCACCAGCGCACGCACACGGGGGAGCGCCCCUACCCGUGCCCGCACUGUGGCCGCAGCUUCAGCCAGAGCUCGGCACUUGCGCGGCACCAGGCGGUGCACACGGCCGACCGACCACACUGUUGCCCCGACUGCGGCCAGGCCUUCCGCCUGCGCGCGGACUUCCAGCGCCACCGGCGCGGCGGCGGCUGCAUGGAGCCUGGCGGUGAUGGCACUCGGCGGGAGUCCUGCGAAACGGCGCCCGCGGUGGGGCCCGAGGAUACAGAGGCCGGGCCCGAGGGACUGGAGGCAUCUGAACCUGGCGAGGUGGACGGAGAGGCCGAGGCCGAGGCUGAAGUGAGAGAGGUGGCGGAGACUAGCGCCCCUGGGAGCAAGGAGGAUCCUGAGACGGGCCGGCGGUUUCUCGAGUUGGGCAACGGUCUCGGGGAGGGCGAAGGCCCUUCCUCACAUCCGCUCGGCUUCCACUUUCCGGUGCACCCCAAGUCUUGGUUGCACCCAGACAGUUUCCAGAUCCUGGGCCUCCCGGACUUUGGGGAGCGACUGCCGACCGACGGGCGCCCCUUGCCAGGACCGCUGGCGGGCCGGCUUUCCCUGGUAGAGAGUGCGGGGCUAGCCUGUGACCCUUUCGGCGGCGGUGGGCCCGGGGGCGGAGGCGGCAGCCUGCGUGCAUUUGGGCCCGCUGUUGGGGGUCUGCUGGCUGAGCCGGCGCCUGCUGCGCUGGCCGAGGAGGAGAGCCCAUGGAUCUGCUCUGACUGCGGCAAAACGUUUGGGCGUCGUGCGGCGCUGGCUAAACACCAGCGCUACCAUGCAGGAGAGCGGCCACACCGCUGCGCUGACUGCGGCAAGAGCUUCGUGUACGGCUCACACCUGGCGCGCCACCGCCGCACGCACACGGGCGAGCGGCCCUUCCCGUGCCCCGAGUGCGGCGCGCGCUUCGCCCGCGGCUCACAUCUGGCGGCGCACGUGCGCGGCCACACGGGCGAGAAGCCCUUCGUGUGCGGUGUGUGCGGCGCAGGCUUUAGCCGGCGCGCGCACCUGACGGCUCACGGUCGCGCACACACGGGCGAGCGGCCCUACGCCUGCGGUGAAUGCGGCCGCCGCUUUGGACAGAGCGCGGCACUGACGCGGCACCAGUGGGCACACGCCGAGGAGAAGCCGCACCGCUGCCCCGACUGCGGCAAGGGCUUCGGCCACAGCUCGGACUUUAAGCGGCAUCGGCGCACGCACACGGGCGAGAAGCCCUUUCGCUGCAGCGACUGCGGCCGCGGCUUCGCGCAGCGCUCCAACCUGGCCAAGCACCGGCGCGGCCACACGGGCGAGCGGCCCUUCCCUUGCCCUGAGUGCGGCAAGCGCUUCUCGCAGCGCUCGGUGCUCGUGACGCACCAGCGCACGCACACGGGCGAGCGGCCCUAUGCCUGCACCAACUGCGGCCGCCGCUUUUCGCAGAGCUCGCACCUGCUCACCCACAUGAAGACGCACCGCAGUGCGGCGGGCGCGCCCGGCCCUGCAGCGGCGGUGGCGGCGUCGGCAUCCAAGGCUGAGGCACUCACCAAGGGACCGCUGGGUGGGGGCCCGGGCGCCGCGCCGGGGGAGCGUGGCAGCACCCUGCUCGAGUUCGCGGGCGGAACGAGCUUUGGCUCCGAGCCGGCGGCCACAUACGCGGGGCCCUCGGACGCCUUCGAGGAGAGCAUUAUGUGAGGGCCCAAGGCCGACGGAGGCGCAGCCCGCUGGGCCACCGGCCUCUACCCGGGUUGGCUCGGGCACCGGCUUCUGCACACUGGCCCCUUGCUCCUCUGGCGUCGGGGGUGCUGAGGGUCCCGCUCCUGGUGCGGUACUUUCCCCUCAGUUCCUGGCGCACUGUCCCUUCGGCCCUGGGCUUCCCUCCAGGCCCACCCAGAGGACCAGGCCUCCAAGCUCGUCCGGCCAUGUGGGGGCGCAUGGAGAGAGGAGAGCCAUGUUCGGCGGCAGAGGGCAGGGUGCGACCACCCUGACCAAGACUGCGGCAUCCGUGGGCCUAUGCAGAGAAGCUAAGCGGUAGGGAUGGCAAGCUGUUAUUUAUUUUACUCGGAUGCCGAUUUGGGUGGCCGAGGGGACAGGUGGCUGAUGAGUUUGUAACUGGGUUUUACAGCGAGGGAGGUGGACCCUUGCGUCAAGGGGAGGGUGGAGGUGUCAGGGCAGAGUGCCCGGCUACUGCAGUGGGUUUGGCUGACGACUUUUUCCCAUUCCUCAGUGCGAGACUUCAGAGACCUUCUGGUCAUUUAAGUAUGUCCGGGAAGUUUUAAGGACUGUGCACGGGACAAGGGGAAGCCUUGUGGGUUUCCAAAAGGAUGAUGUUCCUCCUCAACCCAGGGGGACAGAGAUUCAACUGGGAAAGCUUUUACUGUGGCUGUAGACUGUGGAUAUUUAUUUCCAUCUCUUGCUUGGCCUGAAGAAUCUGGGGGGAGGAGGAAGAGCCAGAAACCAAAUUUGUGGCAGGGGCAGAUGAGUUGCAGGUGUUCGUGGGGUCCCCAGGGCACUUGAAGCCUUAACCUCGGGGAUCCCUUGUUCUUCUCACCGCCUUGGAGCAUCGAGAUCAGCCAGGCUCUAGUUAGCCUGCUGGGUUUUAAUCUCAGCCUCCCCAUCGAGUGCUGUGUACUCACUUGGGCAGCUGGAGGUGGCAAACUCAGAGAUCCUUGGGGCACACUGGCAGGCUCCUGCAGCCCCGGGCCCCAGUCAUCAGCUCCCUGCGGUGCCACCUCUCCUGGAGGAGGUGGGCACAUGGGGCCCUGCCCUUCUGAGCCUGACGACUUCAGAUUUAACACCAAAUGUAAAGGGACUGAGGUUGGUAGCAGGAUCAUCCCUUAUGUCCCAUAAUUAGGGCCCUGUGACACACUGCUUCUGUCAUUGUUCUACCCUAGAAGCAAGUCAUGUUUCUGUUUUGAGCCCCAUUACACAGGGC